AUGUUCAGCACGAGAGAUCUCAGUGUUUUUCUCUCUUGUGUGGUCCUCCUCGUUGUCCAGUCCAGUCAUGGUGCUGAGAUUAUUGGAGGGAAAGAAGUGACGCCUCACUCACUGCCUUUCAUGGCUCUGCUGGAGAGCGAGAAACCAAUCUGUGGAGGGAUACUGAUCGAUCCACAAUGGGUCCUGACUGCUGCCCACUGCUCUAAUAUCACGAGGGUGUGGCUUGGGGUGCACUCCAUAAAAUCCGAAAGAAAGGAGAAGGGUACGAGGCAGAUCCUAGAGGUGGAGAGUCGCAUUCCUCAUCCCUGCUAUGAUGAGACAGAGAUAGUCAAUGACCUUAUGUUGCUCAAGCUCAGCGAAUCAGCAAAGCAGACCAAAACGGUGAAAUGUCUUGAUUUGGGUAAAACUGUCAAAGACCCAACAGCUGGCUCCAUCUGUAUGGUGGCUGGAUGGGGGAAAACAAAAAACAAUGUCCAAAAAAUGUCUGAUAUCCUGAUGGCUGUCAAUGUGACUGUGAUCGACAGAGUGAAGUGCAACUCUCCUGAAUAUUACAACUUCAACCCUGUCAUCACUAAGGGCAUGAUAUGUGCUGGUUCAGAUGGUAAAAACAAUGCUGAUAGCUGUUGGGGUGAUUCAGGUGGACCGCUGUUGUGCAAUGGAGCGCUAGUUGGCAUCACUUCUUUUGGACAUAGGAAUUGUGGCCUGAUUAAAAAGCCUGGAGUUUACACUUUUCUGUCACAAAAACAACUAAACUGGAUCAAAAGAACAAUAAAGAAGUCUGAAAUCUAA